AAACAAAUCUCCUCUCUUUUUUUUGACAUAUAUAUAUAUAAAUUGAUGAAACACUCGUGAUCGCUAGAGAGCUUAGACACUUGUCGACUGCUGCAAAGCUAAAACCGGCGAAGAAGGAGAGAACGACACGCUCACUAGCUCACACGCUUCCCCGUUUGUUCGUCUUUCUUUGAUCAACUUUUGUUGGGCACUUCAUAGUGCUCUGAUCACAAAAGGAAGAUGGGAUCAUCAUGUUUGAAUUUCGAUAACAUUGGGAACUUGACACAACCAGAGGCCAGUGUUGGAAGGACAGGUGGAAAUGUACCAUUAGCCCGGCAAUCUUCCAUUUAUUCCAUGACGUUUGGUGAGCUUCAGACAUUUGGUAGUUUAGGAAAGGACUUUGGGUCUAUGAAUAUGGAGGAUCUUUUGAAGAACAUUUGGACUGCGGAAGAGACUCAAGUCAAUAGUACUAAUGUUGGGGCAAAUGGGAUGGGCCCGGCUGGAAAUUUGCAGAGGCAAGGUUCAUUAACGUUACCCCGGACACUGAGCCAGAAAACUGUUGACGAAGUUUGGAAAGAUUUGCUUAAAGAGACUGGAGGAGCAGUUAAUGAUGGAAAUGUUAGUGGGGCGGCUCCAAAUUUGGGGCCAAGACAGCGUACACUGGGGGAGAUGACUCUUGAGGAGUUUCUUGUGAGAGCAGGUGUAGUUAGGGAGGAUGCUCAAGUUCAGACUACUGGAAAUGCAACAACUAAUUGUGCGUUUUAUGGGGGGCUAAAUCCGGUGGAUAGCAAUAAUGGUGGAUUAAGUACUGAAUUUCAACAACCUGUUGGAAAUCCAGGAAUGGUGAAUGGUAAUCAAUUGGCUGCAAGUAUGAAUACAUUUUCUAAUCCGUCGAAUUUAUUGUUGAAUGGGACAACUGAGGUUAGAUCAUCUACCCAGCCGCAGCAACAAUCGCAGCCAUCCCAGCUUCAGCCUCUUUUUCCCAAGCAAACAACGGUGGCUUUUAACUCUCCAUUGCAUUUGGGAAAUAAUGUUCGGCUAGCUACUCCUCAAACAACAACCACUGUAGUGAAUCCGGCUGUAGUUCCUGGUGGAGGUGUUGCACCAAGUGGAGUUAUGGGCAUAGCUGGAUUACAAGGGGUGACAACAACGGUUGUUGGGGGAUCUCCUGGAAGCCACUUGCACUCGGAUUUGAUGUCCAAGAGCAAUCUGGAUUCAUCACCUUCUCCUUAUGCUAUUAGUGAAGGUGGUCGAGGAAGGAGAUCAUGUAGCUCGUUAGAGAAACAAGUUGAGCGGCGGCGUAGGAGAAUGAUAAAAAAUAGAGAAUCUGCUGCAAGGUCAAGAGCCAGGAAGCAGGCAUACACUUUAGAAUUGGAAGCAGAAGUAGCUAAACUUAAGGAAGUCAAUCAGGAGUUGCAGAAAAAGCAGAUGGAACUAAUGGAGAUGCAAAAGAAUCAGAUAUUGGAGACAAUGAAAAUUUCCUGGGGUGGUAAAAGGCGAUGCUUGAGGAGAACGCUGACAGGACCUUGGUAGAAUGAAGCACUAAUUCCACAGAGCCCUUCAAGGUUGGAGUUUGUUUAGAGAAAGCAUGGUGGGAUUGCAUUAGCAGACUGUAAUGUACACAUGAUAGGCUGGUUUGUGUACAGAGUUAAAGCAGGAACUGAUCAUUGUGAUGUAAAUAAGGGAACCAAUUUGUAGUGUCGGUUUCCUCUUCGCUGUGCUUGUGGGUUUGCUUCCUACUAAACAGAUGGUUAUUCAUGGCUAAUGUCUUUCCGGUAGUUCUAUAGUGAAUCCGUAGCCCUGAAAAGGAGGAGAAUGGGGAGGUUACCUCUUUUGUCAUUCAUUUGGCUCUGUUAGGUACCUGGCCCUAGUGCUUUUGUGUCGAGGAUAAGCUUAAGUUGUGUACAUAUAUAUUCCACUACUUUUUAUGUUCCUAGUAGUACUUGUGAAGUCAAGUUCUGAAAUGAAUUAUAUUCUGGGAUGUUCACAUAAACAGCUACAUCAUUCACAAUCACAAGUAUCAUCUUCAUACUUAAGAGGGAAGUUUCCAGGUUUGGUAAAGAUGGUUAGUACUGUGCUGCAAGAUGCUCAUAAUGCCGUAUGGCCUAGACAGAGUUGAAGGAGCCAGCUGUCUUUUGGCUGAAUCUAGUCAUCGAAAACAUCCUUCUCUUGCCUUCCUAUGACAAAGAUCUCCCCCGCAUUUUCCAACUUGACCAUCUAUGCUCGUGCUUGUGUAUUAGUAGUGGUAAGGACAGAUAACUGGCGAUGUUCAUACCUCGUUAACUGUGGAUGGUUAUGAAGUUUCAAUACCUUGUUUGUAAGUUUACCAACUUCAUUGAAAUCUAUUGGCCGGAAAUACUCAGUACUUGUCAGUUCUGGCAGCUGUACAUGUAAACAGCACACGUAAGAUUUGCAGGAAUGAUAGUUUCUAAACAUUGCAUAAAAUCAUAGAAUCGGAAAAGCUCAAAAGAUUAGGGUGGUUUGUAGAACCUAGCUGGGUGGUCUUUGCCAGAAAGUUCAAUAGGAGCGAAAAAGAGAACAACUUGCAGUGCUGCUACAACUACCUAUAUCCGUAUUUCGAUUAGGGCCGGAGUUCUUCUUUCCACAAGAUGGUUCCUCUCCAACCCCGCAAAGAACACAAUCAUUUUCACCCUCUACGGUACUCAAAAACAAGACCUUCUGCAACACUCCUAGCCCUCGCAUGCCCAAAAAACUUACUAACGAUAGCCAGUCCAAAAUCUGUCGCUUUGGCUAGACCUUUGCUCAUAAUCAAUUUACCAUCAAUAACUACUCCGGCAGUAUCACCUACGUCGCAUAAGUUGUUCGUAACUGAUUGAGUUGUGCGUGCUUCCGUUUCCUGUUCACAUAAUGGGUAUUAAAUUUACAGAAUCCUCAACUGAAGACUACAUUAGCAUGAAGAUGGUUACACUAACCUCCAAUAAGCCUUGUUUCUGAAGGAUUGUAAGUGAAGAGUUCAUGGCCCCAAACAGUCCUCCACCUACAUGGUGUUCUUUCAAUAACUUCUUGAGAAUCUUUGAUUUUUGUAGUCUUUCAAAGCUGGCUGCACCUCC